ACUAACUCAGUAACUAUUGUCUCUCGCACUAUCUUUUUAGUUUCAACCGAAAGCUAGGCUUUUUGAUAUCUUUUGUUUUGUAUGAUGAAUUGUUUGUGUAAUUGUGUUCCAAGUUGAUUGAUAUUAGACUUUUGAUUGCUCCAUUUUGUAUUAGUUCUAUUGAUUGGGUCGUGCUCUUCAAAGCUAGGGCUUUGAGUUAUGAUAUAGUGAUUGUUAGGGUUUCUCAUUGGAUGGUUCUGAUUUCUUCAACUAAAGGUGUUGAUUCUCAAAAUAGAAUUAUAGAUUUUACACCUUCAAUUGUCUGGGAAGAUUUAAUUUGUUGAAUAGUGAGUACAAUUUUUUCAAAGUAUUUUACUUAUUGAUUUUUAUUUUCUAAUAAUUUGGGUAGGUUAGGGGCCAUGAGUUUUUAAGGUUAUGGUUAGUAUGUGCCCUUUUGUAUAGAUUUCAUUUAUUGGCCAUUGAAACAGGUGAAGCGUCCAGAAACCUAGUUGCUAUGAGACGAAGCUUGAGAAAAUUGUCAAAUCCAGUAAUUGGCAAUGCCACAAAAAACACUCUUAUCCCAUCCUCCUCCACUUUUUCCACUUCUUCUGGCGGUGGAGGUGGCAGUGGCAGGGGUCGUGGACAAGGCUCGUCUAUAAUUGGCCCUUCUGACUCUCAAAUUGCCGCUUCCACUCCCCCUCUCCCAGGGAAAACAGAGGCUGCUGGGGAUGGUGAUGACCCCAAAGGCGACUUUAGCUCCUCUCCUUUCCCAUCUGGGUUGGGCCAUGGCCGAGGUAAACCCCUCCCUUCUACCCCAACCCUUCCUUCAUAUUCUUCCUUCAUGUCCGCUGUUAGUAGUACCAGUAUUGAUGGUGAUGGCGCUGGACACGGCAGAGCCACCGCUCCUCCUCCUCAUCCGCAAGCGGAGCCCGAGCAAUUAGGACCCAAGAGACCCAUUUUCUUCACCAAAGAGGAGCCUUCGUCUGAUUCAACAAAACCUAUUAUCCCUAGAAAUCUGCUAGCUCAGGACAGCGACCUCCCCUCUGGUAUUCUCUCUGUGCUUUCUGGUGCCGGCCGUGGAAAGCCCGCAAAACAAUCUGUUCCCGAUACGAAGGCUAAGGAAGAAAACCGACACCUAAGGCCCUUGAAACCAGGUAAAGGGAUAGGUGUUGGCUCAACAUCCAGUGAUGGCAGUUUACCCCAACCAAAGUUGAGCCGUGAGGAGGCUGUAAAGAAGGCCGUGGGGAUAUUGUCCAAGGGUGGGUUUGUUGCAGACACAAUGGAGGAUGGUGGAAGGGGGAGAGGUGGUUUUAGAGGAAGAGGCAAUCAUGGGAGAGGGAGCCAGGGAUGGAGAGGAAGAGGUCGAGGUAGAGACAGCCUGGUUCAAGAUGGGGACGAUGACUUUGGUGCUGACCUUUACCUUGGUGACGAUGCCGACGGUGAGAAAUUGGCUAUGACCCUUGGGCCGGAUAAAAUGAAUCAACUGGUUGAAGCAUUUGAAGAGAUGAGUGGCAGAGUCUUGCCUUCUCCCAUGGAGGAUGCCUAUUUGGACGCUGUCCACACGAAUUACAUGAUAGAGUGUGAGCCAGAGUACUUGAUGGAAGACUUUGGUACAAACCCUGACAUUGAUGAGAAGCCACCCGUUUCUCUUCGAGAUGCACUUGAGAAGAUGAAGCCUUUCCUAAUGGCUUACGAGGGAAUUCAAAGCCAAUCGGAGUGGGAGGAAGUUGUGAAAGAAGCAAUGGAGAGAGUCCCUAUUAUCAAAGAGCUUGUGGAUUACUACAGUGGACCUGACAGAGUAACUGCUAAGAAGCAGCAUGAAGAGCUGGAAAGAGUUGCAAAAACUCUUCCCGAAAGCGCCCCUGCUUCAGUGAAGUGGUUUACUGAGCGUGCUGUUCUUUCACUUCAGAGCAACCCAGGGUGGGGAUUUGAUAAAAAAUGCGAGUUUAUGGAUAGACUGGUGGGCGAGGUAUCACAGCAGUACAAGUAAGCAUGGUAUGGUUGGGUUUGUUGGUUGUUCUCCACUGGAAGGGUUCACAAUUUUGAUCAAUGAAGAUAAUCAUGAAGGAUUUCAAGUGCUGGUGGCAGAUGGACGGUGACCAUCCUUGUUGUUUCCUUCUUUGACUACAAAUGAUAUGGAUUUAUUUUGUAUUCAUCUCAUAAAUUGAGGAGUUAUAUUCUCAGAAUAACUUGAGUUAAAAUGGUUGAUUUGGUGGUCCA